AUGAGGAAGAAACUUACAUCUGUUUGGGCCCACAAUUUUAAGCAAGAAAUCUCCUCCGUCGAUCGGUGUCUCUGCCGUUUUCCGAUCGUCUCGUUCGACACCGAAUUUCCGGGGUUUCUCCGCAACACCCCCAGAGGGGCUUCCGAGGGCCUCUGUUACCAAGAUCUCGCAUUUAACGUCGAUUCUCUCAAACUCAUCCAACUGGGUAUCACCCUGUUCGACGACGGCGGCAACGUCGGCGGCACCUGGGAGUUCAACUUUCGGGGUUUUGACGAGGAAACCGACCCCCAUGUUCCAGAAUCCAUCGCCCUCCUCAAAACCAAUGGCUUGGAUCUCGAGAAAUUUGGGAAGUUCGGCAUCGAUUCGGAUAUUUUUGUGGAGGGUUUCGUUGAGAUUUUAAGGGUGCACAGGGGGCGGCUCGUAUGGGUGAGCUUCCACGGCCUCUACGACUCGGCCUAUGUAAUGAAGCUGGUGACGAGGAAGACCAUCCCCAGCUCCCCCACUGAAUUCGCAAAGAUGGCAGGUCGUUUGUUCGAGAGGGUCUACGACUUGAAGUUUAUGGCCAAGUACUGCCCGGGCCUAUUUGGGGGCGAAAUUGGGCUCGAAAGAAUGGCGAAAAUCCUCGGAGUGCAGCGUUGUGGGGAUGCCCAUCAAGCGGGUUCCGACAGUCUGUUGACGGCUGAGUUAUUCCUGAAGAUGAGGAGUCAAUUUGGGUUGAAGCCUGGAAUGUACGAGGGAUUUCUAUAUAGUCUUAGUCCAAAGAUUUGUGGUGCUUCUAAUUAUCUUUGUUCCUCUGUACACACCGUACACAGAGCUCCUCCUCAUUCGGUGAUUCUUGUCCCUGCGGUCCCCACAAGACCCAUCAUUCUCAUCCGCCACCCCUUCUCCCGUGAUAAAUCAUGCCAGAGCCGCCAUCAUGCUGCCCCAGUUAUGCUUUACCGCCAUCCUCCUCCUCCCGUGUUUCUGCAUCGGCGUCCAUGUAGUCCUUUUCCUGCUUUGCCUCAAGCCCUUCCUGAAAACCACAUUCACAUGUGA